AUGACUAGUGCAGGUAUUGCUAAAGUGUACAGCAGCAUCAACUAUGGUGGUGCAUCUGCAUUUGCAGCAAACUUCUCUAAUCAACAAGGUGUUUGUAUUAAUUCCAAUGAGAAAAGAAAGAUUUUUAUUGGUUUGUCGAAAAUUAUUAAACAUGGACAUGGUUGUGUUCUGAGGGAUUUUUCAUUAGGUGAUAAUCAAUUUUGGCCAUUUAAUCUUGUAGAGAUUAUGAAAUUAUUCGAUGAUUCAAUUUUGUCGCUGGCAUUUUUUAAAUUUGUUUGUGUAAAUGAUUCUGAUUUUGGUAGUGAUAGCUCCAUUAGGUUGUAUUGUGAAUUAGCUCAUGUUUUAGCUUCACAAGAUAUGAGGUAUCUGUCACAAGAUGUGAUUUGUGUUGUGGUGAAGAGAAUUGGAGUAGAUCGUAGCCGUGAAUUGAUUGAUCUAAUGUGGAAGAGACGCGAACACUAUUUAUAUGAGUCUGAUUUUUCGGUUCUUGAUUCGCUAAUGAGGGGGUUUAUGAAGGCUGGUUUGGUUAGGAAUGCAUUGGUGGUUUUGGAUAAAAUAAGGGAGGAGGGAUUGGUACCGAGUUUGUCUGCUACGGGUAUUCUUUUCAGAAUGUUGAUUGCUGUUGGUGAUUUUAGUACUGUUUGGAGUUUGUUCAGAGAUAUGGUUGUCAAAGGGCCGAGGAUUUCAACUAAUGAGUUUAAUGUUAUGUUGGAUGGGUUUUGUGGGGAAGGGUGUUUUCAAGUGGUGGUGAGUUUGUUUUAUCUGAUGGGUAAAUUUGGGUGUGAGCCAGAUGCGUUUUCGUAUAACAUUCUGAUCAAGACUUAUUGUACUGACGGACGAUCUUCUGAAGCUUUGGCGUGGGUGAGGGAAAUGAUUGAAAAUGGUUGCGGUCCGAAUGUGGUUACGUUUAAUACAAUUAUCGAUUCCUUCUGUAAGCAGGGAAACAUGGUAGAAGCAAGAAGGUUGUUCGAUCAGAUUCAGGAGAGGGAUAUUAAUCCAACUACCGUCACCUAUAAUACGCUCAUUAAUGGGUAUGUGAAGGCUCGGGAGAUUCGACUAGAAGGUGAAAGGUCUACCUGCUGA